AUGAAAAGUUGCUUACCAAUACAGGUGUGGUUUCAAAACCGUCGCGCGAAGUGGCGUAAGCAGCAGAAGGCGGGCUGUGAGAGCUACCCUGGACGCGGCGGACGCUCGCCUGAUCCUCGCUCGCCCUCCACCCUGGCGAUGGAAAUGAGGGACUUUAUUACAAUACCUGUAUCAUCACCACAAGUUAUCAAUUUAGCUGAAUCUUCAAAUAUAAGUAACUACGGAUCUAAAAGUAAGCAGCCAGCUCCAGCUAUCCAUAUAUCCGCUCUACCUACAAGACAAAACUCUCAAAUGGAUCUUCCCACAUUCUCUAUACCGCUUCAAUAUAAUUUGGGUAGCUUUAAAAAGAUCGGUGAAGACGUUGAUUUAGAAGCUUCGACAUCAGAUAAUGUACAAGUAUCAAAUCAUUGGGACUCUAGAAUGAUAUCGAAUUAUAAUUUGAUGAAUAUAAAACCUUUACUGGACAACCGUGAAGGUAUUGACAUGUCAGAAUUAAAAUACGAAGUUAAAAACGAGUCUGUAAAUAGAAUUAAUUUUAAUGAAAUACCAGACACCAUAGCGAGUACAAAUAUUGAAGCUGAAGAUAUACUUGGAAAGGAAUCUGUUAAUGAAGGGCAAACUAUAUCACCUGAUUUUGAAAUUGAAAGAUAUCAGAAUUAUAGCAAUGAAAGUGAGAAAAGGUUUAGGGAAUCUACAUUUGAUGAAAAUAUUAUGGAAGAUGGAAGAAAUGAUUUUGUGUGCGACAGUGAUUUUUUGUGUAAGAAUAAUUUCGAGAAAGUCGAUGAGAAAAGGAAUGAAUACGAGGAAUGUCAUCUUUUAGAUGCAGAUAAUAAUGUUAGUAUGAGUAAUUUUGAAACUAAUCUAUAAUUUAGUUUGUUUAAUAAUUUCAAUAUGUGUGAUUUUUUAA